ACGUAUACAUACUCUGUCGGACAGCGUCCGGUGUUCUAUCAGCUAUGUUGAGUAUGCCGCUGGGCUAAUGUGAGGGGCUCAUGGUUUAGUUAACUGACCAGCAGCUACGGAUGCCUAAUAAAAAACAGAACAUUUCGUUCGAACAAAGCCAUAUGAUGCCUUGUAGUCUAGUUUUCAUCCAUAUGUUUCGGAGCUCGUUUCGAUAACGUUAAAGGGAGAGGAACGUUGCUGUGCUUCAAACAGCUGGUAGAGAGAAGCUGUCACCGAAAGGAGGAAAUAACACGAUAAACAUAAGUUGGAGAAACUGAAGGAUCGUCUGGACUGUAGACCUGACAACACUGAAAAGUCGUCGUUCAGCAGAAAGGACAGAAACCCACCUCUGUUAUCGGUUUUGGAUACAAAAAUGGGCAAGCUAGCUCGGUAGCUAAAGGUUAAUGGCCAAACAGUGUUAGCCUGGAGCUAGCACGCUACCUAUCUUAUAUGUUUGUGGUGUCUAAAUGGCUAACUGGCUUGUAGUUGUCAUUAGCUAAUGCCAGGAAUGUUGUGGGAAAACCUUCGCUGUUUACCUAAUUAGAUAACUAGAUUACAAGAUUUUGCUCGACUAUCCUAACUUGUUCGUGCCAUUGUCAUAUUGCGUGGUUUUGUAUUGAGACAAACGUCAGGUAAUGUUCACGUUGACAUGCUGCUCUGUUGAACUGGACACACAAGUCAAAAGGAACAAUAGCGGCAUUUUACGAUACUAAAUUAGCAACUAUUUUGUGAAAGCAGUGUUUUCAUCUUAUUACAACCCUUGUUAGAUUAUCAGACAAGGUGAUUUUGGUAGCGUGUAACGUUUUUCUGCCAACGUGUCAUGUUUACAAAAGAUAGGCUGCUGCUUCUAGCAAACUGUCAGUGACUGGGUGUGACAAGGAAACCUGUGAGGUAAUUUCUAGUUCCUUAAGAGCGUCAGGCACUUGGGCUGACGAGGCACUUGCCUAUUGUGUUUAUCUCCAAGCUGAUUCGGUCGAUCAGUUUCUAGAUUGGUAGAGGGAUAAAAGACGUUGUCUGUCACAGUUUUACACAUUGGGAACACUCAGAAUGCCCAAGCAAUUGCUGAGAGGUUAGUUCUGUUGCUGGAUCUGGGAGUUUUGGUUUCUUCAGGAUGGACCACAUAUGGAGGAUGGUGAUGCAGUGGAGGCAUAUAUGCUGAAAUUGCUGAAUACUCUUAGUGUAGCUUUGCCUCAGUGAGAGUUGGUGCAUUCACUAGCAGGAUGGAAGGCUGCAGUCUGCCUUGAUACGUUUGGUUACUGUAACCAUGUGGACUCUGGGGCAAUCCUGCUCUGCAUCCAUGAAGAUUUCAUGGCUGCCACUGCUGCUACUGGCCUUCCUAAGGCCAGUCCACUGCAUGUCUCGGGACGAGAGGCAUAAAUUAAGGGAUCAGGUGGUUGAGAUGUUUGACCACGCUUAUCGCAGUUACAUGGACCAUGCGUACCCAGCCGAUGAGCUGAUGCCGCUGACGUGCAGGGGGAGGGUGCGUGGGCUGGAGCCCAGCAGAGGAGAUGUGGACGAUGCACUGGGGAAGUUCUCCCUCACGCUCAUUGACACACUGGAUACUCUGGUGCUUUUGAACAAAACUGAGGAAUUUGAAGCAGCUGUGAGAAGAGUCCUGUCUGAUGUGCGACUGGACAAUGACAUUGUGGUGUCUGUCUUUGAGACCAACAUCAGGGUGCUGGGGGGGCUGUUAGGGGGCCACUCCAUGGCUGUGAUGCUGAGGGAAGGGGGUCGUCACAUGCUGUGGUACCGCGAUGAGCUCCUACACAUGGCUAAGGACCUGGGGCUCAGGCUCCUGCCUGCGUUCAACACGAGCAGUGGGCUGCCUUACCCCAGGGUGAACCUGAAGCAUGGCGUUCGAGGUCCGGAGACUCGCACUGGGACGGAAACAGACACAUGCACGGCGUGCGCUGGUACCAUCAUCCUGGAGUUCGCUGCCCUCAGCCGAUUCACCGGGGACCCCAUAUUUGAGGACCAUGCCAGAAGGGCUCUGGACUUCCUGUGGGAGAAGAGGCAGAGAAACAGCAACUUAGUGGGGACCACCAUCAACAUCCACUCAGGGGAGUGGGUGCGGCGAGAUAGUGGCGUAGGAGCGGGGAUUGACUCAUACUAUGAGUACCUGCUGAAGGCCUACAUUCUCCUGGGAGAUGACCUCUUUCUGCAGCGCUUUAACAUACACUACGCUUCCAUAAUGAAGUACAUCAGCCAGCCGCCCCUCCUGCUGGACGUGCACAUCCACAAGCCCCUGCUCCCAGCACGCACCUGGAUGGACUCCCUGCUCGCCUUCUUCCCCGGUUUGCAGGUGUUGAAGGGAGACAUCCGGCCUGCCAUCGAGACGCACGAGAUGCUUUAUCAGGUUACAAAGAAGCACAAUUUUCUGCCAGAGGCCUUCACCACAGACUUCAGGGUGCAUUGGGCCCAGCAUCCCUUGCGGCCAGAGUUUGCAGAGAGCACCUACUUCCUCUAUAAGGCCACAGGAGACCCAUACUAUCUGGAGGUGGGCCGCACGGUUCUGGAGAACCUGAACCGCUUCGCCCGUGUCCCCUGUGGCUUCGCUGCCAUGAAGGACGUCCGCACUGGCAGCCACGAGGACCGUAUGGACUCCUUCUUCUUGGCCGAGAUGUUCAAAUACCUCUUCCUGCUGUUUGCGGAAUCCGAUGACCUGCCCUUCGACGUGGAGGACUACAUCUUCACCACAGAGGCUCACCUGCUGCCGCUGUCACUGUCCACCGCGCCGCGCUCACAGUCGCCCUCUGCUUCCAACUCCACGGGCGUUGAGGAGUUGGAUGACUCAAAUUUUGACUGGACCUGCCCCAAUACACGUCUCCUCUUUCCCGAUCCUGCCUAUCCACGGAAUCUCAGGGACCCAAUCAAAAUCGCUGUGGACAAGAGUUGUCCACGCCCAAGCCCAAUUCGGGAGCCUGGCAUGGGCCGUCUGCCCCUCAGGGCUCAGGACUUCAUGGCCAACAACCCCGAGCACCUGGAGCUGCUGCGCCGCAUGGGCGUCAGCCUCAUCCACCUGAAGGACGGACGCGUGCAGCUGGUGCAGCAUGCCUCUCAGGCAGUGAGUGCGAUAGCGGCAGAGGACGGCAUGCGCUUCAUGCAGGAGAUGAUGGAGCUCUCAAGCCAGCAGCAGAAGGAGCAGCUCCCCCCUCGCGCUGUGCAGAUUGUCUCACACCCCUUCUUUGGCAGGGUGGUACUGACCGCCGGUCCGGCACAGUUUGGCACGGACCUUUCCAAGAGCAGCACAGGGGUGCGAGGCUUUGUGACGGUGGCAGAGCCGUACAGUGGCUGUGCGGAGGUGACCAAUGCUGAGCUUGUCCAGGGCCGCAUUGCCCUGCUGCAGCGGGGCCAGUGCAUGUUCGCCGAGAAGGCCCGCCACAUCCAGAAAGCCGGCGCCAUCGGGGGCAUCGUGAUCGAUGACAACGAGGGCAGCAGCAGCGACACAGCGCCCCUCUUCCAGAUGGCAGGAGAUGGCCGCAGCACAGAUGACGUAACGCUGCCCCUCCUCUUCCUGUUCCACAAAGAGGGCAACAUCCUGCUGGAGGCCCUGAAGGAGUACCGCGAGGUGGAGGUGCUACUCAGCGACAAGGCCCGCGACCGAGCCUCUCUCUUUAAAGGGAAAGCCCUCCCAGGUGUCCUGUUGGACGGCAGUGGUGAUGUGCAGGAGGAAGACUGCUCCACUGAGGAAAAGGACCGUGGUGUACCCGGGUUUGCCUCUUCCUCUCUUCCCCCCUCCUCUUCUUCCUCCACCUCUUCUUCUUCUUCUUCCUCCUCUCCGCCUCCAGACCAAUCACAGCCCAGCGUGCAGGAGCCUGACCAACCCAAAACAGAGGAGGAGGAGGACGAUGAAGAGGCGGUGGUCCCCCCAGCCAAGGUGGGCAGUGAGCCAGAUGCAAAAGCAGAGCCUAAGGAAGAGCAGUCAUCUGACAAGGACCCCGAGAGGUUACUGGACGCCCUGUUAGCCGACUGGCAGGAGGACCUGGAGGCCUUUCGGCAGAUGGAGAAGGACGAGCUCUGACCUCUCUCUCUCUCUCUCUCUCUCUCUCUCUCUCUCUCUCUCUCUCUCUCUCUCUCUCUCUCUCUCUCAUUCUCUUCAUCCCCUUCAGACGUAGGCAGCACUAUACACGGCUGCCAUUGACAACGAGACAGGAGUCUUCAAUUCACUGCUCCACGCCAUUAAGGGAAAGGACACCCUCCAAACCGGCAGGGAAGGGGGUGUGUUAACCUCGGUGGCGUGAGACUUCCUUACUCCAGUGGUAACCCACAGCGACUGCUUCCCCUUACCCAGGUCACCCCCUCUCCCCUACCACCCCCCCGCCUGUCUCCAGGAUCUCAGGUGUGCCCCUGGGUUUGUUCACCUGCUCGGACUCCUCCAUCAGUGGACGGCAUCGAACAGUGAGUGCGCCUCACCCCCAGAGCUGGAGAUGACCACCCUGCAGCUCGCGCCUCCGACCGACGUCGCCUUUUCUUGUCUUAACGUCUUUCCUUUGGCGUAUAAAAAUGGAUCUCUUUGGUGACCGUAUCAGUCACAGUGUUGAUCGGAAAACUGAUUUAAAUGUUUUGAUUCAACUGUGAUAACCCCGCCCCUCCCCUCCUCCUUGGUCUUUUUUAAUGGCAUUUGUACUAAUUUAAUUUGUGUAGGCUCAUUUACUGGGGCCGUUAGUGAGCUAUGAUACUGUGAGUGGGGAGGUGGCCGUGAAGUCAGAAAAUGAAAUCAACGACUAAAAUUAGGAAACCUAAUUAUCCCAUCCUCCUUAUAUGGAAUGAUGAAGUGUAUAACCAUAUGUAUGGUACCAUAUAUAUGGUAUAUAUGUAUUAUAAUGUACUUUGCAGUUUUUUCGAAUGCUUAUUUCAGCUCUUGCGCACAUGUGAGAGCUUCUCAUCAUUGAGGAAUGCACAUGAGUCUCGGCACAGAAGGAGAUCCGGUGUUGUGGUGCUUCAUUUGGGGCACGUUCAGGAUGAGACAGAUAGAAGCAACCACAUAGAAGCGCACAGCUGUGGGCAGCGUUGUUACUCCAGUGCCAUCCUGAACAUGCCCCAGGCGCUCUCUCUCUUUCUCACACAUACACACACACACACACACACACUUCUCUCUCUGACUUACGUACCCAGACAAGAAGAGUGAGAUGAGAGAUAUGUCGCCUUGGAUCAAACUAUUCGAGCCGUCGGAUCUCAGGUUUCACUGAGACAUAACUAUGAAUGUUAUACUCGUGACUGGAGUCGCAGAAGAGACAUUUUCCACAUGGUCUGGUGUGGAAGGUCCAAUGGGAGCUGAAGAAGCUAACCUCACAUAAUUUAACAGACUGUCCAGCUGAGGCCGGUGUUGUUUCACGUAAAGACUUUUGAAAACUGGCAGUUGAAUUGGACGUUCAGCUAAGGGGAAGGGAUUGCAGAGAACAAUAAUAAAGUUGAAUAAAAAGCGAUGAUGAAGCCCACCAUUUUGUCUUCAUCUUGUUCACUCAUUUUAUAAAGCUGAAAUGGCUGACCUGAUUUAACUCA